UCUGUUUUUCUCCGCUACAAAUUUGUUAUAUUCUUUCCUUACACAAAAUGUACAUCUUAAAGUUAGGGUUCCCUCGCUGUACUUUAAUAUUUUACAGGACAGUCCAGGCUCCUCCCGAUCACCAACGUCACCCGAUCCCUAACAAAGCGUCAACUAUAUCAACACAUUGUGAAGGCAGAUCCGCGGGGCGCUGCGCAAAGCGGGACCUGCAACGCUGCAUUUCAUGUCCGAAAAUAAUCCGUGAGAAGUGAGGCAGAGGGCGCAUUGAGAUUUCUAGAGUCACUGCAACUUCGUCGGCCGGCUUUGCUGCUGCUUUCUCCUCCUUCAGUCUGAGGCUGCAGACCGGAGGGAACUUGUAACUUGCGGAUCUGAAUCUGGAAAGAGUGACCCUUUAGGCGCACUGUCAGUUUAUUUUAAAACAGCUACAUACUUGGGAGUUACCUUCCCAGUGUUGGAAACUUCCCAAUGCAGCAUCGAUCGAAGACCUCCCGCCCACUUUACCUCUGAUCCACAAUACAGGAAGGCGGAGAGAACGAGAGAGAGAGAGAGAGAGAGAGAGAGAGAGAAAGGGAGGGAAAGAGAGUUGAGCAGCCGCAGCGGUAGAUGGAGCAACAAAGCCUGGAUGGUUGAACUGAAAGAGUCCCUCUGAGGAAAACUCAACAGCGCUUUCUGUCGUCGCCUGAUAUUUUUCUUAACUGGAACGCUGUAUCAGCUUGGAUCUCAUUCCGGAGACCCAUCCAGUGCAAACUCUCCAGAGCCAAACCAGCAGGGGGGGGAAUCGUCGCAGACGUGACAUUGAUGCUUUGGCACGGAGCGCCGCCGAAACCGUAGUUUUGCUAAAGUCUCCUGCAGCCCAGUGAGGGAGAGGUAGACCAGUUUGCGGCCGAAGUGGGAUUUGCAGAAGUUGCAUGCGUCUUCUUUGUCGUCUUGAGUGAGCCCUGUCCACCCGCUCUCAGGUUAUCAGAAGAGACCCUCCGGGAUAAUUGAGGUGCCAUGGAGCUGUUCACGGGGAUGUUGGCAUUCCUGUUGGCGCUGCAGGUCCAAGCUGGAAAUGGCCAGAGUGUACAGAUGGACUCCAGUAAGUCUGGCUUUGUGGGCUCACAAGUGGAGCUGCGCUGCAUCUUCAUCAAUAGCAACCCCCCGGUAAAGAUCUCCCAGGUCACCUGGCAGAAGCUGGUUAAUGCCACCAAGCAGAACGUCGCCAUCGCCAACCCAGCCCUGGGCGUGUCCGUCCUGCCCCCUUUCAAGGAGCGCGUGGGCUUCAAGCAGGCGGCGGUUCGCCACCGCCCCCCAUCACUGGAGGAUACCACCAUCGUAUUCUCCAACCUGCAGCUGUCCGACGAGGCGGCCUACAUCUGCGAGUACACCACGUUUCCAGCGGGCAACAGGGAGAACAUGGUCAACCUCACAGUGUUUGCUCGGCCAAUGACGCGAAUGACCCUGACAACCCCGACGAUCGUGGCCAGGGGUCAAAAGCGCAAGAUGACCGUUGCCACUUGCGUUUCAGCCAACGGGAAGCCCCCAAGUGUGAUCAAGUGGGACACGAGGUUGAAGGGGGAAGCCACCUACCAGGAGACCCGCAACCAAAAUGGCACGGUGACGGUUCGGAGCAACUAUGUUGUGAUCCCGAGCCGUGAGACCCAUAAACAGAAGCUCACAUGUAUUGUGAUGUACCGGAGUGAGCGGAUCACCGACAGCGUGGUUCUCAAUGUGCAGUAUGAACCCGAGGUGAUGAUCGAAGGGUUUGAUGGAAACUGGUACCUGAACCGUCAGAAUGUUCAGCUGACCUGCAGGGCCGAUGCCAACCCCCCUGUGACAAUUUACCAGUGGAAACUUCUGAAUGGCUCAAUACCCAGCAACGUGGAGAUCAAAAACAACACUCUGUUCUUUAAGGGGCCCGUGACCUACGACCUGGCUGGAACCUACGUCUGUGAUGCGACCAACGGCAUCGGGACGCGCACUGGAAGCGUGGACGUCAACAUCACAGCUUUAGAUCAUCCAACACAUUUUAUCAUCAACAACAAUAACCUGAACCUCCCUAUCAACCCGACACCCAGGGGCCAUGGCGUCUCGCAGGACCAGCACAGUGCAGGUGCCGCCAUCGGGGGCGCUGUGGGGGGAGGAAUACUGUUGAUCUUGGCGGCCAUACUGGUCUUCGUGUUCCUGCGCCGUCGCCAGCGCACCUUCAAGGGAGACUACAGCACGAAGAAGCACGUGUUCGGAAACGGGUACAGCAAAGCGGGCGGUCUGCCUGCGCAUCCCCCCAUCCCCAAGAACCUUCAGUACCCGGAUGACUCGGACGACGAGAAGAAGCCAGCACAAAUCGGCAACACUGGGGGAUUUGAGGCGAGCGAGCGGAAUUUCGAUGCUGAAUCCGAGGACCUGAAGAGACCAUACUUCACUGUAGAUGAGGGGGAGAGCCGAGAUUAUGAGGAGCGGACUCUUGCCUUCCAGUACGACCCAGAACCUGAAAUAGCCGAUGAUAUGAUCUCUCAAACCGACGGCUCUGUCAUUUCUAAGAAAGAGUGGUACGUGUAGUGGCAUACAACCGAGAGCAACCAGUUGUCCCUCACCUGCAUUCCACCUCACCUCCCCUCAUACCCACCUACACCCCUCCCCACCCUCCCUUCGUCAGCCUGCACCUCCCACAGUGGCAUUUCCACCUCACUCCCUCCUUCCCCGCAUCAGACUCCAUCCAACUAAUCACUGUUAGAAAGUCAAGGGUCUAUUUAAAGUCCAAGAAAACGACUUCUCAACAUAACAGCAUUGGUAUCACUUUCAUCAAGUUAACGGGAAAAGAAUACAAACUAAGGUAUGUAAAUGGACUCAGUGUGGCUACAAGGCCAGAAAGGUGAUUGGUUAAUACUGUUGUAUUCUACUUUUAUGUGUAUUUUAUUUUUCAUGUUUGAAAUGUAUUAAAUGUAUAAAAAAAAAGAAAACAGGUUAAGGUUUUGCUGAGCACAUUUGUGAAAGUCCUACACUGGAUGUAUGGGGUCUUUUUUGUUCUUUUUUCAUUGGCAUUUGCAAUUUUGUCAUUUUUAUAUUCUCUUUUUGUAUGAUCUGCAGAGAAAUGAGAGUUAUGUGUCUGACAUAUUUACAGAUGGAGUUCAAAGUGUUUGAAACUUUAUGGUCAAAUGUUUCAGGAAAAAAAAGAUUAAAAAAAAUUAAACUAGCUGUACAUAUGUGUAUCAUUUAUGACGCAAGCACGUUGUUGUUCUCCAAAGACAUUGUUAAUACAUCUUGACCCUCAUCUUGAAUUAUUUUUGUUUACCAAAAGGGUGUCAGCUACUGAGCCAUGCAGACAUGUGGUGGCGACAUCAUAACAUUCAAUUACUUAAUUUUAUUGCUAACAUUUCAUAUUAGGGAAUUAUAAAAUCAUUGGAGAGAAGGGCUGAAGCUGGCUCAAUGUUCUAUUUUUCAAUUUAUUGCAAAAGCAGUGUCUUGCAAAGGUAAUAAUGCCGCUUGAACUGUUUCACAUUUUGUCACAUUACAACCACAAACCUCAAUGUAUAUUAUUCAGAUUUUACGCAAUAUACCAACAUUAUGUAGUGCAUAACUGUAAAUUGGAAGGAAAGGGACAUGUUAUGUAGAAAACCUUUUGCAAAUUUAAAAUUUAAAACUGUGAUGUGGAUUAAAAUUCAGCCACUUUCCCUCUUUUACCCUGAAGUAAAAUCUAGAUCAAACUGGCAGAUCUGAAAGACCUCAUCUAAAAAGCAACCAAGAGGGUGACUGUAGCUCUGGAGUAACUGUAGAGAAUCCAUAGCUCAGGUGGGAAAUCUGCCAGCAUGACAAGCAAUAGUUGUACCCUCUGAAAUUGACUCCUUUUGGAUGAGUGGCAAGAUGGUUGAAUUGUUCAAAUAAAGCUAUAAGAAGUCCCUUCUGCAGUUUGCCAAAAUCCAUGUAGGGGACACAGUAAACAUGUGGAAGAAGGUGCCCAUGAAACAUGGUGGUGGCAGCAUGAUGCUGUGGGAUGCUUUUCUUUUGCAGGGACAGAGAAGCUGAUAAUAGAUGCAUAGAGCUACUGACAGGGCCAGCCUGAAACAAUACCUGCUACAGACCACAAAAGAUGACCGUAAGGAUAGUGCCAGAGCUACAAGGGAAUGCUUUAGAUCAAAGCAUAAUCAUAUGUUAGAACUGCAUAGACCUUAACCUCACUGUGAAUCUGUAUCAGUGUUUAAAAACGGAUGUUCAGAUGCUCUCCAUCUAGUCUGACAGAGGUUCAGAUAUUUUGCAAAGAAGAAUGAGCCAAAACUGGUGGACACAACUCAAGUAACUCAUAAUCAUUAAUAAUAUGAUAUACCAUGUUUGGAAAAGCUGCGUUCAAUUUCACGAACCACAACCAGGCCUGAUUACUCCAAGUUCUAUAAAAUCACUUUAAAUAAUACCUUUCUGUUAGCAUAUAGUAGGCUAAAAGAUCUCAAAAGGUAAUACAGCAUGCCAUGAUCUAUAGAAAGUUACUGAGAAAAUGAGAAAUCUAUUCAUUGCAAAGGGAGCUUCUACAAAGUAGUGAUUCAGAUUGUUACUUACAAAAAAUUUAGAAAAUCAUGUUUAAUUUGCUUCUUUUUUAUAAUUGUGCCCCACUUUGUGUUGCUCUAUCCCAUAAUAUUUCAAUCACAUCCAUUGAUUUUUGUGGUUGUAAUGUUCAAAAUCUGGAAAGGUUCCAAGGGUAUGAUUUCUUUCGUAAGGAAUUAUGUCCAAAAGACAUUUGCUAAGCCUCACAGGAUCACUAAUAAUGCUCAGAUAUGUUAUGAUUGUCACUUGACUUGAACAGUUUGACCUGUGUACACGCGCUCAAAAAUCUUACCACUUUAAUGAAAUGUCUUGCUGGGGUUUUUUUGUGUUUGUGUGUGCGUUUUGAGCUGCCAUAAUUAUGUUUGGUUCUGACCCCUUUUUAUCAAAUGGAUGUCAGCAAAAAGUGUCUGAGGAAAUUUCCAGUAAUGGUUCUGCCUCUCCUAUUGUGACUGUUUACUAAAGAACUGGCUUACAUCAACCUCAUUUUCCACCAGGAGUCAUCCAUGGACACAAAGGACUUGAACAAGAGGGGAAAUGUCAACUGAUGCUUUUAUUUACGCCAACAGAGAAAAUAUUUUAACAAGUAAAGGGAUUUGAAAACAUAAUAGUGGUCAUGCUGCCAAGUUAGAAGGCAGCAUAAGAACUCGACUGCUGCUUUUAUGAUGUUUCUUUCUUUUCCUCCUUUCCAAUUGAAUUCCAGCUAUUUUUGAGUGAUUUUACAGUAAUGAAAUGUUUUUUUUUUUGCCUUAAUGUCAAGAUCUAUUUCAGCAUAUGGGGACACACUGACUCUGUAUGCAAGCAUUAUACAGUAUAUAUCCUUAUCUGUUUUUAAAAUUGAUGUUAGCAAGUGCCAAUGGAUGCUAGUAUAGCAGAAAGUCUUGUUUUCUCCUCAGCUCUGAGGUCCAUUAAGCAAUCAGUAAAAUGUAUUUCCUUCAAACAAAAAAAAAAAAUCUCAAUGUGAAAUAUUUGAGAUAAAAGAAGCAUUGCAGUAAAUCUGUGGAUGUAAACAACAUAUCUGACUAGCUCUGAGCACUAUAAAUACUGUAUUAAGCCUUAUUUCAUGCAUGUUUUUGUGUGUGGGAGUGGAAGUGCAUUUGUUGGUAUUUUUUUACAGUCAAUUCCAGUGUGUUUUUGUCCUCAUUUGCAGCUUAAAAAGGCGACAAAAUCCUUCUUUUUUAAUGUCGCCAGUGUUGGCAGAGCUAUGAGUUAAUCGGUACGCAGUACCCAGCAACAAUAUUUCAGUCAAUACAAAAGUACCUAUAUAAAUAUAUGUUGAAAUGAUAAAGAAGACAAAAAAAAAAAAAAACAUCCCUGUGAGACAUUUUCUUGCAGAUGUGAAUGUUUUAUAGUCCAUGCUUGUCUACUGUAUGCUUUUAGAUGAGCAUGUUAAUCAUGAGCCUCAAUCUAUAUUGUAUAAUAUACAUAAACAAGCAUUGAACAAUGAGGGAUAUGUUGUUCUUAUUAGAAGUCACUUUCGUUCUGUUCCAUUCAGUUCUGCUCCGAUUCAUAUUUGAAUUGCCUUAUUUGGUUUUUACACAGACAGGACAUGGCUCAAAAUAAACUAAGCAACAGUAGCCAGUUUCUUCUGUCACUGUUGGCAUAAUAGUUGUUUUCUGACACAGGCAGGGGGAAUGCUUUAUUGUAAUUUUUUUUUAGUCUAAACAUGUUUGAACCACAGCAUUAUAAGAAAACAGAGCACGAUUUCUGUUUUUGGUCUUUUAUUCAGUGCCUAUCAAAGUGAGGAGGUGUGAGGUAGUCAUAGCAAACACUUCCAGUUUAUUUAUGCUCUUCAUUACCCAAACGGAUGAAAAAAAACAAACUGUUCAAAAAGUAUUCAUACUUUCCAUGUUUUUUCCAUAUAACACCCACAGACUUCAGUGUGAUUUAUGGGAGUUUUUGUGUCAUAGACCAAAGAAAAAGUGAUGCAGAAAUGUGAAGCAGAAGGAAAAGGAUAGACCCUUUUACAGACAACUUUUCUAAAGAAAAUUGUGAUCAUCAAGUUUGGCAUACCUUUGUCUUCAGUCCCCUUUUACAAAGAUAGCCCUGAAUAAAUAAAAUCAACAAAUUGCCUACAGAAGACUACUAACUGUCAGAACUAUGUACUACUCAGGGUUUCUGCAGGAUCUUUACGUGUAAGUCGUAAAAACGUUUACUCAGCUCAAUUUUAGACCUUAGAAACUCGAAAAUUUGUCCAGAUUUUACACAUAGUUUUACAUCUUAAAUUUGUGUUUUUGUGACUUCAUUGUUUUUUACAAUAAGGAGAUUAUUUUUUUUGACAUAAGCUCUUUGAGAGGCAAUUAAAAUCAAUACAUUUUAGCGACAUUAUCCGCUACCAGCUCCUUCAUGGUGGUAAAGUGUAUAUUUACAAAAGGUUUAACUUGAAAGCCACGUUAUUUAGAUCUGGCGAAAACCCGCCAUCAGUAACCGUUCUGAGGUUUAGCCCAAACUAGAACGAGGCAUUGUUGACUGGGUGUAAGUACAUUCAGAAGUAAAAAAAAAACAUUUUACCUUACAUUAUUAAGCACAUUAAAUAUUUACGUUCAUUUCAUUUCUUUUUUAUUUAUGCUGGUCCUAAAUUUAAGUUUUUAUGAUUAUAAUAACUUCUUAAAUAAUGUUGAUCAUGGCUCCCAAAAAUUAAACAAAAGUUUCUGAAAUUCUGAUUACUUUUACUUUAACAUUUGUUCCCUAAUGUUAUCUAACAAGCCACUGAGGGCUUCACCAAACAACUAUAUUUUCUAAAGACAAUUGGAUACACAUGAUUUUGUCUGUAAAGUUACUGAAUACACAUGGACACCUUUCCGUUUUUUAUUUGAAAGGAAAAAAAUGAAAAAUAUUUUGUAAUUUACCCUCCUCUUCACCAUUAUGAGCUACUUUAUUUUGGUCUUAAUUACCAUCCCAAUGAAAAUGCAUUGGGGGUUUUUGUCAGUAACAUACGAAAAUGUGAAAAAGUUCCAGGGAAGUGAAAAACAUUUACAACGCAGACUGCAAAUCUCUUGUAUUUGACAUAAAUGAUCAUUUACGUGCUGUUCAAUCUAGUUAGCUUUCUUUCCAGCACUUUACUAACACUGCAUCUAUAUUUGAUCACUAAAUCAAAUUCAAAGCUACAUUUGUUGCCAUUUUAACUAACAACAGCUAAAUGUUACAUUGCACUCAAUAUUGAAUAUUUGUCCUGAAGAGGUCUAAAUUCUGCAGCCUAACUGGUUGUUAAGAUUCUUCUAAGCUUUUAAGCACAACAAUUGCAACUGUAAUCCAGUAAAAAGAACCUUGCAUGUCUAAAUGAAUGAACAUGGCCCCUAUUUGAAAGCACAACUGAAUGGUUUCAUAUGUUUUUUGUUUCUGAUUUUCUUAUGAAACCACUGCCACAACUGCUUCUCAGACAUGUUGGACAGACAAAAAACACUUUAGGAUUGAUAUGUACAUUGUUAAAUAUUAACAUUCAUAUUACGGAGGUGUUCUGACUUUCUAUUUUAUAAUAGUGACUGUAACUUCAUUCCAUCCUAAUCUACUUUUGUAUUCAGUAUGUUUAACAUUCCACUGUAAAUAUUGUACAUAAGGUGGAGAUUAUAGUCUGGGUUUAUUAGGGAGCUUGUCGUGUAAAAUAAACCUUAUCGGAGUGCAAACAUGGAGACUCUGAUGGAUAGAUGAAGUUGAUGCAUAGCUUUUUCCCAAAGUCUCGACUAAAAACCGCUCCUCUAGUACCUUUUUAACAUGCCAAUAGUGACUUCACUGUCAUGCAAAGGGGUAAUGUAUAUGGUCUGUCAAAAUGGUAUCGCUGAAAGAAUCUCAAAAAGUAAAAAAAAUAAUAAUAAAUCUGUUUGUAUGCAGCCAUGUGAAUGUAUAUUUCUGAGGGUGUUACAAAUAUAAGAAUAAAAAAUUAAUUGUUCAAUUGUGAUGACCCAGUAAAGUAACUUGUAUUUGUUUUGAGCAUUAAAUGAGUUCAAUAGUCAA